AUGCCGGCGCAGCCCCCUUUUGCACUGCAGCCGUUGCCUCGGCAGCGCGGCGGCCCUCCUGCGCCGGUCAGAUCCAUGGUAAACCCGGACCCCAGACGGGCCGUGGUGGACCACAUCAUCCGAGACUGCUACUCGAAACUGGUGGUCGUGGACGGGCACAAAGUGCCCGAGAUCAAAUACAACACCCACUUGCUAAUUCGCGAGUAUGCUCUGUACCCGCAGCAGGCGCCGCCGGCGGGCUUGCCGCCCGCUCAGAUCGGCACCGUGAAGUCGCGGGUUCUCGUCGUGUGUACGAAGCACACGGGCCGCGUGCUCUUGCAGAAGGGCAAGUAUAACGAGCAGAAAAACGUGUAUCAGAUCGGGCGCACGUGGGACCUCGACGAGUUGACUUGCGUGACGCGUGUGGCGCCCGAUGCGAUCGUGUUGCUGUUGAACAAAGACUACUACUGGAAGUCGGGGGACGACCCGGGCCGGCUCUCGAAGUUCGUCCACCACUUGGCCGUGAUCUACCACCGGUUCACGGGCCACUACCCUGAGAUGAAGGGCUUCACUUUGGAGUCUUUGGGCUUGCCUUCCGGGGCCGCAGCAGGCUCCCAGCAGCCGCCCCGUCCAAUGUCCAAAACCCGGUCUUCCGCGCCCAUGCCGGCCCCUAGCCCAGCGGCCCAAAAAGCCCCGGUGGGUCUUUACAACGACAUGGACUUCACUGCAAACGGGACGCUUCCGAUGAAACCGAUGCAGGUCAUGGACGUGGACCGCCCGUCUCUGAACAGCGGCAUCAGGCAUGCGCAUGAAACCUUCACUCCAACAAGCUCCAGCCACCAGUCUGUCGAUGGCAUCAACGUAUCCACAGUACAGGACAAAGACUCCAUGUCAACAAGAAACUCUCCGGUCAAAGGCCUGAGAGGGUCGCCUAGAAAAAGCGAGGCAGCCCUGGAAACGCUUUCCAUCGGAGACUCCCACAGUUUGGGAUCCAGCAUCAAUGACAUUUUCGAAGACAGCAGGUCCACCAUGCCAACCAUCCUGGAAUAUACCCAAAAGAACGGGCUGCUGCUGCCGCUUAGAAACUACAAACCGGAACGCGAGCAGGCCAGACCGCGUGACGUAUCUGACAAUCUUGAGACUGCUGCGUCAUACGGGUUGCAGCUUCUGAAUCAGUUGGACCAUAUGGAUGAACAACACGAUCAGACAGACCAUCUGGCUCAGGCGCCCGAAGAUACUGCCGCUCCUGACCCUGGCGAUGAAUACAGCAUAGAGGAAGCCUCCUUGACAGGCAGCAGUAUCGACACGCAAAUCUAUGUGGCGCGUCAGAAGAUGAACGAAGCUGGCGACCGGAACGAUUCGGUCAUUGACGACUCUAUCAAAGAGAUCGAGGACUUCAUGGUAUCUCAGUUUGGAAAGGAGCUGAAUGCACCAGAACAUAUCCCAGAUCAAACCCUUUCUCACAAACAGCUGCUUCCGAAAUCUUUAACAGAAAAGCUACAAACCCCUCUCCCGGAUGCCAAUGAUGAAAUACACCCACUUAUACACGAGAAAGAGCCAACUGUCGGGCCGGAUUCUGAGCUGAAUACAGCCCGAGCACCAGAAAAAAACGCAAAGCCUAAACCAGAAAUGAGCUUCAAGAAAGAUCCCGAGAUUGAGGAGUUACUUGAUGGUAUUGGAUGGGAUCCCACCGAUGGCGGAGAGCACUGCCUUAAAAUGCUCAAGAAAGAAUUGGCCUCCAUCAAACACAGAAAUAUUUUGGAGCUCACCACGUUGGACUUCGGAAAAGACACUCUAGCUAAUGAGGUGAAGAUCUCGGCAGCAGAGAUUUUCAAUUUGGUUGAGAUCUUCGAAGAAAUGGAGGUGAGCUUUAAAAUGAUAGCUCCUCAAAUCAACAGCAUAGAGCAUAACUCGAAAGGUUUGCAAAUUGAGGCCGUCAACAAAAAGAUCUUGUUUAAUGAGUUGAGUGAGAUUAUGAACAAAGUGAGAUUCAGUGACCGCGACUUAAAGGCAGUGGCAAACUACAAAGAGUUUGACGAUGCUUCAAUGGUGCCUGUUCUCGAAGGCAAGCUCAUGAUGUUGUAUGACGCUAUACGCGCCAUAGGUAUCAACACAUCUGAAAAGGACCUUAGCCAAAUGCAAGCAUUGAAGCAAUUCCAUCAGACUUACGAAGGAGUGUCCCUCUCGUUUAUCCAAAGAUUCCUGACCUUUAUGACUGGGGAAUUCAAACAUGUGGUCGAGGACCUUAACAAAGAUGUCUCAAACGUUUUUCCCAACAAAAUCCUUCCCAUAUUCCGCAAAAACUAUAUUUUUGCAGGAGUAAAUCUCUUUGUGAAAUGCAUAUCCGAACAUGAUUUCAUACUCAUCAACGAUAAGUUCAAUGCAUACAUGGCCAACUUCUUGGACAAUUUGUUGAGUUCUCGACGAAACGCGAUCCAUUCGGGAAGUGACAGCAAGAGAAAUUCUCGGUUGGUGAAUAACUCCGAACGUUUGAGCGGUCUCAAAAAGACCAAAUCAUCUAGAUUUGGCUCAAGUCGUCUACUCAGCCGCAACACAACUUCAAAUGGGGAGAACAAAAUAAAAACAAUCGAACCAGUCGCCAAAAGCGCAGAGGAAAUCAAUGACCCAAGGGCCAUUAUACGGCUAGUCAAAGAAAGCACAGAGUUCAUGCUCGUUGUUCAGUACUUUUUGGGUACAUUUUUCCAUUUGACUUCUGAAGAUGAAUUUUCAACGUUCUUGAUGUCCGUUCCCUUCGAACAAAGAAUCGAUUCAUAUGACAACGGAGAUACAGAUUUUAUCAACUAUAAGACAAAUUCUAACGAGCUUCUCCGCAACAUGAAUUCCAUCUUCGGGAAUUAUAUAAAUAGAUUCACCAGAGAGCUCACUCCAGGUGACUUGAUUACCACACAAGUUUUGUAUGGUUUGUUUGAGUUACUGACCAGUGCAGAAAGCAAGAGUCAAGAUUUUGUUGCCUACAGCUUUCUUUCAAAGUUGACUGAGAGAUAUAAAGGCAAUUGGGAACGCUUCAUUGCUCAACAAGUCGAUAUGUUCAAUAAGUCCGAUGUGAGGGCAAAGGGAGACAUUUUGCCUGUGGUUCGAAAUUUGAACCAAAUCAUUACAACGACAGAAUCUUCUUUGCAAGAGUAUCGAAACUCAGGUCUGGAACUGCCUCAAAUUACCCUUAUUAUUGGACAAACAUAUGCACUGCUUACGAAGGCAGCUAACGAGUUGUUUAGUCGUGACGAUCCCUUACUUAAGUCCAACACGCAUGAUGAAAGAGAGAGAGCACACCGAAAUGUUGCGAUUUUGCAAAACAUGUUUUCCAUUCUUCAACAGUUGGGCGAGUAUGACUCCCCUUCAUCUACCAACAUGUCAGCCGGACUAGAUGUUACUUUCAAAACAGUCGAAAAAGAGUACUUUGAUUACAUUAUCCGUAUGUACGUUGGCAAGAUCAAAGAGUUUCGAACCAAAACACAAGAGUAA